AACUCCCAUUACCCCGUACUCUCUUAAACCAGACAGCAAAUAGAGACAAGAAAAUGACAGAACACAACAGGACUUUGCUGUCUUGUCCUUCCAAUUCCUCCUCUCACUCUAACCCCCCCCCCCCGUCAAACACCCCCACCCCACCCCCACCCCCACCCCCACCCCCACCCAACCCACCCCAUUUGGUUAGAAAAAAUUUGUUCCUCAAUAUCCAAAACAACUGAUCAAGAUUCAAUGUUUUAAAUUUUUUUUACUACUAGAGAUAAUCUAGAGCUCAUAUUAGUUGAAAAUAUUAAUCUAGAUUUAAUUUUUUUUUAUUAUUUUUUACUACUAUAGAUUAUGUAGAGGUCAUAUUAAUGGAAAUAAAACCAUUUAACCAAAUUUGUCAUUGCCCAUUUGGGUAUACAAAUUUGUUCUACAAUAUCCAAAAUAUUAUUCAAGAUUCAAUUUUUUGUUGCAUUGUUUUUGUUGUUAGUUGCUAUAUUUUCUUUACUGUUUCUUUUUGUACCUGCUACAUUUGAGCUGAGGGUCUUUCGAAAAAAAAUAGCCUCUCUACCUCAACGUGGUAGUGGUAAGGUCUGCGUAUACUCUAUCAUCCGCAGAGCUUAUGUUGUUGUUGUAUUGUGUAGAACUCAUAUUAGUGGAAAAAGAACCCCAUUUACUCAACUAAGCCAGCAAAAAUUUGUGCUUCAAUGUCCAAAACAUUAAUCAAGAUUUGAUUUUUUUUUUUGAGUUUUUUUCUAUUCAGAGUUCAUAUUAGUUUAAUUUUAAUUUAUGUUUUUUGGAAUCUGGUUUCUCUCUUGUAGACUUUGCGCAGUUUCCUUGUUAGUUGCUAUAUUUCCUUGUUCUGUGUAUCUGGAUUUGUUGCAUUAGAGUCUUUCGGAAACAACUUGUCUAUCUCCACGAGGUAGUGGUAAGGUCUGCGUAUACUCUAGUGUCCGCAGACCUCACUUGUGGGAUUUCAGUUGUUGUAGUUUUUGGUAAUGAAAAUGUAUUCUGGUUUGGGUAUGGAAAGAAAUGGAGGAAUGGGUGAAUAUCAUAAUCAUCAUUUUCAUCAUAAUUUACAAAGUUCAAUUACUGGUGAAAUGAACAAUUUGGUAGGGGAUGCUUGUCUGGUUUUAACUGCAGAUCAUAGGCCACGUCUCCGGUGGACGGCUGAGCUACAUGAAAGAUUUGUUGAUGCUGUUACUCAACUUGGUGGUCCUGAUAAGGCGACACCGAAAACAAUUAUGAAGGCAAUGGGGGUGAAAGGACUCACCCUAUAUCAUUUGAAGUCACACCUGCAGAAAUAUCGCCUAGGGAAGCAAUCUAAGGAGGCAGCGGAGAACUAUAAAGACGAAUCAUGUAUGGCAGAGAGUCAAGAUACAAGUUCCACAGCGUCGGGUUCAUCAAAAGUAGUUGCCCAGGAUAUAAAUGACUGUGGAUACCAAGUUACCGAGGCUUUCCGAGUACAGAUGGAAGUCCAGCGAAGACUACAAGAGCAGCUAGAGGUACAACGCCAUGUCCAGCUUCGUAUCGAAGCACAGGGGAAGUACUUGCAAACGAUACUCGAGAAAGCAUGUAAAGCUCUUAACUACACUGCCUUGGAAUCUCCUGAACUAGACACUGCCAGGGAACAACUUUCUGAAUUAGCAAUCAAAGGCGCCAACGCCAACAACUGUGAUGGGAUUGUCGCGGUUUCUUCAUUACCUGAAGUUGUUACAAGUUUCGAGAACCAAAAUGCUUCCGAUAUGCCUGCUACAAGCUUGGUUUCUCCCACGAGCAUCGGUGUUCUAAAGAAGAGACCACGACCUCUAGCUAACGGGGAUGCCUUGCCCGUGGAAGACAAUAUGACACCAGUGCAAUGGAUGAUGACUAAUUCCUGAUUGUAAUCGGCUGUAUGAAUCUUCACUAUCCACGUCGCUCCAUUUUAGCUCAUCGCAAUUCAAUAUUAGAUGAAAUAUGUACCUUCUCUACUUGUUUGAUCUGGAAAAAAAUGAGAUAUGUUGAAUUCCAAAUGCAACUUAGCUUGUACAUUCUUUAA